CCUAUAAAAGGGGUCUUGAGAUGGUUCGGAAGGCAUUAGUUCGUGUUAGACACUUCCAUAAAGAUGAAGCUACUGUUGGUUCCCGUUCUGCUUGCUGUUUGCGUCGGUGCUCAGCCGCUAACCGACGAGCAGAUGAAGAAGGCGGAAGGGUUCGCGCUCGGUUGCUUGGCACAGCAUAAAAGCCUGAACCAGGAACAUCUGGUACUACUCCGGGACGGUGACUUCUCGAAGGUGGACGGUGAGACGAAGUGUUUCCUGCGCUGCUUCCUGCAGCAGGCCAACUUCAUGGAUGCGUCCGGCAAGUUGCAGAAUGACUACGCCAUCGAGCGGCUUUCGUUGAAUCGCGAAAAGUCGAAGGUGGAAGCGUUGGUGAAGAAGUGUAGUGCCGAGGUGGAGGACAGCUGCGAGACGGCAUUCCGCGCGGUGGAAUGUUACCAUCGGGAGAAGGCAUCGCUGCUGUGAUAUCGAUGGCGCAAGAACGAUCGUCAGCUUACGAUGGAUGGACCGUGAUACGGAAAGUUGUGUGUCACAAUCCAUUCCGACAGUUUGUGCAUGUGAUUAAAUGUGAUUUUUAAACAAUGCUUUAUUGCUAUUUCUUGGUAGAAUGUUCUCACUUACCGGAAGGAUAUUUGGUUAGUGUUCGCGGAUAGGAGCAAAGUUGUGUCUCUCAUUAUGCGCACAAACAUCCUGCGUUGCAGGAGUUGUGAAUUCCGUUGCACAAUGUAGCUAUUUCCGCUACGGACAAGUCAAUCUGUGCGCCAUAUGCAUAGAGCUCCAGGAAAUUCCCCCAAGCUGUUGUCGUGUUAUGUCGGUCAAGAUGGGUUUUCCUGUGACUUUCUGAUUCCGUUUCCGAGUGCGUCCAAAGAACACAAUCAUCACAAAUACCAAUUUCUCGAAAGUCUGUCUUUAUCCGAGGGCAUGUUACCAACAUCAAAGAACCGUUCCUGUAGCGCAUUAAGGUUACGCAGCGGAAAAUGAAGAACCGUCCGGUGUGGACUAUCGCUACACAGGAACCAAAAGCAAACAGAGAUGCGGAAAAAAAGUCUCCCACCAGAAUGACAAACUUAAGUAAGUUAUCAAUUACCGGGAAAGAUUUCCUUACUUUUUUGCAAAAAGCUGUCCCAUUCGUCCAGUUGUGUUACUGGGCGUGGAUAGAUUUUCUUUUCUUUGUACCCCACAGUUGCCUUCCGACUGUACAAAGAAACCACUUCAGUGCGAAAUAUGGUUGUAAUUUUUCUUCCGCCUUCUUUUCACUAUUGUCACAGUUGCCCCAGGUUUUUGCAGAUAAUCUCACAAUGUGGCCACUAUGGAAGGGAAUGAAGAUUUACCUCCGUUGCUUGAAGGUACUACAUGAACAAUGGACAUUCAAUUAUUCGCCCACAGUGGACGUCAAGUGUUAAUGUUUUUUUUCUGUUAUUGUUAUUGUACUGGAUGAAAUUCUAGUUUUUCUUUUGUAUGUUACUGUGUUGUGCAUUGUAAAUAAUGCUUCCAUUACCGAAUGUCCUGCGGUGUAGUUCUAGAGCGAUGAUGAUAAUGAUGAUGAUGUGUUUCUUUCGAACGAUCUUUUUCCAGCUACAAUUGGUUAAUGAUUUAGACAAAUGCCUACCGGGAAAGAAAAAGCUACAGGAAAGCUACAGGAAUGCCAUUUUAUCAUGCCUUUGUCCACAUCAGAACUUGUCAUUCGUCUGUGUGCAAGACAAGGGAAUUCUCGAAAGGAAACAAAACGCAAUAAAUCAGCCACCAAACGAACCGUUGCCGUAGGCAAUGAGAGUAAAUAUUCGCAUGGCUGACAAAAC